AGAAAUCUAGCAUUGACGCGUUCUGUUUGAACUGUGUAAAAAUCACUGACAGGAAUCAGUAUUGUUGUAAUGCACGAAAUCUGUUUUGAUUUGUUUAGAUUUAGAGUACUUAUUCAGCUUGGACCUACUUGAAGUAUAUACUUGGGCCUGUUCAGAUUUUGAACUGUUUGGAGUUAAUCUGUCAUUUCACUAAUUUAUAAACAGAAGCAACCGAUAUAAACUUUAACUUUUAUGCAUAGUUUAUUAAUUCAUUUCGAAUUGAAUGCUAUAAAAUUUGGCGUGAUGGAAAUAUUUGCAAUCUUUUUUCUUCGUAAUUUUAUCGCCAGGUUUCCAAAAUCUGAUCAAUUAUUGAAGAGAUGGUUGCUCAUACUUGGUACAGAGGAGAAAAUUACCAAAGUGUGGCAAAUAUAUUCAAGUUACUUCAAGGAAACUUAUUUUAUAAUACUAUAUAGUUACUAUAUAGUAUAGUCAACAAAUGUUAUUUAAAGCCAGAUACAAUAUCCCUUUGUUUAAAGGAGACAAGCAGGGAUGACACAGUUUCAGAUAAUAAAAACAAAUAACAAGGACAACCAGCUAACGAACACUAUGAUUGAAUGCAAUGUCCCUGAGAAAAGCUUUAGAUACUGAAAUCGUGUACUGAUACUAGAAUCGUGUAUAGGAGUUAAAAGAGAUGACAAACUAUUUGAAAGAUAAGAAAUACUAGACUCUUAUUUCUGACAGAAGAGUUAAAAUGAAUAUUACUAGAGAACUUGAAUGAGCCAGAGAAAAACAAGAAGUAUCUAUAUGAUGUCCGAUGGGAAGAGAUAUCUAUAUCAUCAAUGCAAAUUAAAAUUUACUGAAAAAUAGUAAUCAAGAACAUCAAGCAACAAAAGACGGCCGUUGUCGAGAACGAGCCCAUAGGGAGCUCUCACUGUUUUGUAGCCAACCAUUUGCCAUUCAUCCCUCUGGACAUUACGGAUUGUUGGACGCGAUCGCUAGCAUCUUCAAACGAUUUGAAGAGGAGAUAAAAGACAUUAUUGCGAGAGGGUCUCUCAACAAUAUCCGAGGGAUGCGUGGAUUCUGCGUAAUGCAUCAGGAGCACGGCAUGACGGGGGUGGUCGGGGGGAGAAGCGCGGAUCAGAGGGAGAUUCUAGUGAUUCUACUGGACCGAAAUCUGGCCUCAGUCGUGCGCGACGCGCCAUAUGCGGUGGACCAUUCGUCAGCCUCCUCACAAAGGCCAAUAAUCUCGCAUGACACGUGUGCCUACCCCGAUAAAAAGCGUUACGUGUCGCGCUGGAAGCGUUCGUGGAAAAAGCUUUUCCACCGCGACAGAGAGAAUUCGGGUGUCGCGCGAUACGGUACGGGACACGUGACACCAGCAAUAACGACAACCGACUUAUUUUCCUACGUCUCAAGUAUCGAAUAUCGAUUAAAUCUAGUCAUCGAACUAAAUCAUUUAUUAAUUAUUAUUUUAUUUGUAAGAUCUGUGAAGUAACCGAUCGAGAUUUCAUUUCGAUCGAUUCGUAAGAUGCUCUUGUUCUGUACUCCAAUCUGGGGCACGUGGCACUCGCCGACGAGGAAAGCACAAAGAAUAUCGUAAGAGACUUCAUGAUUAAAAUUAGAUAAUCCUAUCUCUUGGACUUCUACGAGUUGGUUGCCUUGGUGAGAGUCUGCGAUGAGAAGAGAUGCGAAUGUUUGAAAACGCAGACACGCAAAGUGGCCUCAUAAUACACAGCGGCGAAGAUGAGAUCGGAAACUGCUUUGUAUCUGCUUUCACUACUGAUCCUGUCGCUCAAUGAUCCUUUAUGGGCUUCCGUGGAGAUCAGAGGAUGCAACCGUACCAUCAGAAAUUCAGUCGGCUGGAUUCGCUGGACAGGAAGAAUGGGUCGUUGCAUCGUGCGAAUCAGAGCGCCACUCAAGGAUCCGCAGGUGAUCGAAGUGAAAGUCAGGAGGUUGCAGGUAGGCUUUUUGAAAGAGGCCCGUUGCGAAGGAGCAUAUUUUCAAUUCUCAGACAAUGCUGACGAUUCUGACGACGAAAUAACAGGUCGAUAUUGCGGCCGUGUGAGCGGAAAUGCUACGAGGCUAUUUCUACGUCGCGGUCCCGAUCUAACGAUCACCCUGAUGUCGGACAAGCAAUUCGCCUCGGCGAAUCCGGUCAUUUUUUCCGCCCAAUUCUCCGUCCUGCCAAUGCGCCUGGCGAUCGAGCGUCAUCGUGGCUAUUCCACGUCCACGUCGUCAACGUGUCCUGUGGAGUGCACCGUUCACAACAAGCACAGGUCCUGCAGACUGACCUCGCCGGGUUAUCCCAGCGUUUAUCCACGUGGGAUUAGAUGUAGGAUAGCCUUGGAGUCGAACGCUGGUCGCUUCAGGAUAGGUGGUCAGCCCGAGGACCUUUUCGAUUUGAUGAACUACACCGAUCAGGAGAGCUGCCAGAUGGAGAAUUGCGAGGACUCCUUCGACUCCAGGGAAAAGGAAUUGUUGGUCACGAAGGGUCAGAGUUUCAUCGAAGCGGAUGAAUCUAUUAUCAGGGACGAUUGGUCGAGGAACGAGUACAGUAGUCGGAUUCCUGCGAUGAAAUACACCACGGAAACGAAUGGACAAUUAGCGAGGCUCAGGCAUUACAAGAAAAAGGCGAUACAGCAGUACAGGGGAGAGCAAUAUCGUUACAAAGAACUGCCGCUUAAGUCUGACACAAACGAGCCGAAGUUUCGCAUAAAAUCAAUGCGUUCGAAGAUAACGAGAAAGAACCAUCGAGGGGUCGUUCCGAAUCAUUAUUUCAAUAGCGAUUCUAAAAGACCGAACGAAACGAUCAAUAGAGCGAUGGCACUGGAACCCAAAUAUCUCAGGGAAAAUCGAUCGUUGGCAAAUACAUGCGGCAGCGGCGACUAUCUUGCACUUCUGGAAAAUGUGAACGGGAGGAUCUUGGAGAUCUCGAGGUUCUGCGGUAGCGGCCGAGUCCCGCGCAUUUACUCGAGCGGGAAAAACGUGAUCCUGGAGUUCGUCGCUCGCGAGGACGGCACCGUGACCCACGAUGGCUUCCAGGUGACCCUUCAAGAGGAACGCGUUUCACGAGAGGUGAGACGUACGAGAUGCGAAUUCGCAUACAGGAGCACCGGGCGGCCACGGAACAGCAGGGAGAACAUUAGAUCCCCGCAGAGCUGGUAUCCCCCAGAUACUUUGUGCACUUACAAGUUCCUCGGUAGAACCACUGAGAAGGUUUCGAUCUAUAUAAAGAUUCUCAGAAAUGAGCCCGAACACGAGAAACCGGAGACGGGGAGGCGAAACUUCACUUUAAACUCUUGUCCGAGCAACGAAAUCACUGUCUAUAACGGAGCGCAAGUAAACAACAGCUUCUUAAUAUGGUCGUAUUGUGAUGCGUCUCAUUGGGACAUCAACAAUAUCCAAAUACCUUUGAUGUCUACCGGAAACGAACUAUUGAUCCAGUACUACAGCGCCAAAGGGUCCCACAAUGGGCAGGAAUUCACUUAUGCUAUAUCCUAUCGAUUCAUCAGGAAAGAGCGGAAUUCUAUCGUUGCGAAGCACAAAUACAAAUCGAUCUCCCUCAGACCAGUCAAUCUGUCGGCUCUCAAUCUUAAUGACACCGAUAGUUACGAUUGCGACAGCAGAAUCAGCACAUUCAAGAAUUGGUUCGCGGUGCUGGCGGUCUUCGGUAUCGUGUCCUUCAUCGGAGCCGUUGUUACAAUAGUCGUCCUGACAAUUAAAUGCUUGCGAAUCGGAUCCUCUGACAAAAAGCUCUUACAAAAUGGGAAACAGUGAGGUCACGCGUACAGGGGUUUUACUUUUCCCAAGCGGCAAUUGGAAACGAUUGAAGAUAUUGGAAUCCUGUUCGUACGAGUACAAUUGCAAUAACGAGCUUGCUUCUUGCAGAAAUCGUUAGUUAGAAAUCUUAGUUAGAAACUAAACAGACAUUUUAAGGGAGCAGAAGAUGGUAUUGCAGUAUGUAUUAUAUUUAAGAAAUAAUUUAAUUUUUGAAUAUUUAUGAAGAUUUUGAAGCGAAACAUCAUCAUCUGAAUGAUAAAUAUUGAAGCAAUUCCAUCUCGGCUAAAUGUUCUACUUUGAGAUAGAGAAAUACAUGAAUUGUCCAUAAAACUAAAAAAUUGUUGCUCUUUUUUAUUACUAUGCAAUUUAU